CUUGAAAGCGUCUGUGAAGCGAUCAGUACUCGACUUGAUCGCAGGCCAUGACACCGACCAUCGAUCAAGCGUAUCUCCCUGUUAGGUACCUUGGCCAAUACUACACAGACCACGAGCACCGCUCUACGCGUGGCCAUAGUAGGCGCAUCUCUGUGCUUUGCGUCUCUCGCGCUAGACAGCCUCUCUGCUCGUCCGUCACCUGAGCAACACCCGGCACCAUGAUGGAGAUGGAGACGCCAUCAAGGAUCGAACGGCGUCUCGCUGCUCGUCAAGCGCGAGACGAGUCGAGCGGAGCACUGGACUUUUCAGACACUUCGCCAGGCAUUGGUAGACGCGCCUCCUUUACCAGCGCGUCCGCAUCCAGCUUGAGUCUGGACGACGGAGCAGAGGAGGAGGCGAGGGAUGAUGUCAGCGAUUAUCGACAUCACACACCCGAUGCGGCCAUACCAGUGCCAAGCCGCAUGAGAGCACAGGCGACAAAAGGUCCGAGCUUGCAGGCAGCUGUCGCUGCUUCUCAAGCCGAUGGUGCUGAUGUCGGCCCUGCCAACGACGAUUCCGCGUCUGCAUCUCUUACGGCUUCUCAGGGAUCGGCAAGGGAGCAAGCUAGAGAGAGCGCUUACGAUAGCCCUUCGACAUCGCGUCAAGCGCCUCGCGGUUCUGUCUCCAUCUCUCGCUCAGCUUCCGAUCUCAACUCGCUUCCUCGCACGCCAGUUCGCGAGCCUCAAGCUACCCAAAUCAGCUCCACUCCUUACGCGCCAUCCAUCGCUGGCCGUACGAUGACAUCCAUGGCAGGCUCUACUCGCGGCAACGGACUUGGACUCCUGCCGAGGUCUGCGGCGGCCGCGAGUUCCGCUGGCGCGUCGACAGCGUAUGGCUCAGCAAGGGACAUCAGCGCGGCUCUUCAACCUAGCGAGGUCCCUGCCAGGUCGAGCGCACGGCCUAUGAGCUCUCGAAGCGCACAGAUGGAGCGCGUCACUUCUGCCAGCGACCUGGAAGAUGAGAGUGGCGCGGAAGGCGCGGUUAUGAAUUCUGAAGAAUCAGGGGCAACUCGCACCAUGCACACGAGCGAUAUAGCCGUGACGCCCUUUGAUCCCAACACUGCUAGAAUGCCAGGACGGGAGGAUGAGGUGAUUGAGAGGCGCGGAUCAGCGACUCCUUCUGACUCGUUCGAUGAGGAAGACGUGGCUACACCACGCAGCAGUGCCAGGUCUCAGAACUCGCAAUCGGCGAGCGCUAGCCACCACAGCAAGCGUCCGGGCUCAGCUACACCGGGAACGGACAGCAUGAAUUCGGCGAGGAGAGGCAGAAUCGCAGAGGCCGUUGCUGCCGCGGAUCCUGAUCUCAGCGUUUCCGUCACGCGCAGCAUUACCUUUGGGGCUAGUCAGAACGGCGACGCCCAGGACCAGCAGGAUGUGUCUGCUCAAGUGACGCGGGUCAAGGAUCGAGGCGAAGAGCCUCGCACACCGUUCAAGCCGAUGACUCCGAUUGCUAGAUUCCAGGCCAGACACCGCCAGGAGAGGGAGCAGACCGUAGACUCGGCCGAAGACGUCGAGCGCGCCCUCGGGAACCUCGAUGCUGAAGAUUCUCUUAGCACUUCGAAAGGCAAUCAACCUAGCUCGCAGCAGCAGAGCGAAGGAGAGACAUCGAGACGGAGCGGCGAAAAUGAGACGCGAACAUCCUUUUCGAGCCCAGCGGCAGGCAAGCUUGACCGACAGCAGCAGACUGCCAGAGCUCGAACCUCGGCUCCACCUACACAGGUAGACGAGGCUGAUGCGGUCAAGACACCGCGGGUUGGUGGGAGCGCAGCGGAUCAAAAACGUAUGGAGAACUAUCUACUUUCCACAAUUGCUCGCUCAGCACGCCCCCAGACAUUGCGCAAGGUGACCCCUCGUGCACCACUAGGUGCGCAAAACGGCAAGAAUAAUGCCAAAGGAUCUGCAAGCACUUCGUUUGGGGAGAGACGCCGCACUGCUCAGUCUCCCUUGUCAACUCUUGCUUCUCAUUUGCAAGCCAAUGCGGGCGAGGCAGAGUCAAUGGUCUCUGAAGUCUCAUCGACGAACGACUUGACCGUGCCGGCUCAUCGGGCGGGUCCAUACAGGUCCAACACGUCUUUCCCAGGCGUAGGUGUCGCCACUGGAGCCAUCUCUGCUGGGGCGGGAGCGGUGGAUAGCAACAGACUGAAUUCGUACUUGAACAAGAUAAAUGGACAAUUCGAAGAUGAGAAUCUGGGGCUGAGAGGAGAGAUCGGCGUGCUCAAAGAGGAGCUCAAUGAUGCUCAAGCACGGAUCGCAGAAUAUGAACGCGCCGAGACGUCUCCUCGAAACACUCAGAGCGAUGGAAAAGAUGUGAACGACCAUUCUCAACAAGGAUCCCGUGCCGCACAAGAGCAGAUCGAACUACUGCAGCAAGGCCAGCGCGAAUUGAACGAAGAGCUCGAUCGGCUCGAAGAAGAGAAGGCCCACCUGGAAGAGCAGCUAGCGGCUUACCAAGAUGCAGCCGCAUCUGCAAAAGACCACGAAAGAGAAGAGCUGACGCCUGAGCAGGCUUCGGCUCUACGCGCUCAGUUGAACUUGCUCGAGGCAGACCUCGCAGAUAGACAUCAGGAAAUCAAUGACCUCGAGCUCGAAAUGGACAACAUCAAGCGUGAUUCGGUUGAUCGCAUGAAGCGCGCCAUGGAAGAGGCGGACGGGCUCCAGCGGGAGUCGGAGCAGAGAGCCCUUGAGGAGCGACGCGAGCUCGAGGUUCGCGAGGCUGAAGCUAGACAAGAAGCUCAGGAGCUGGCCGAAGACAAACAAGAGCUCCAGGCGCAGUUGGAGCAGUGCCAGAAAGAACGUGAUGCUCUCAAGCGAGCUGCCGCGAAGCGAGCUCAGGACUUGCAUGAUGCUGCUCAGAAUGAUGAUUUGGCUCAAGAGUUGGAACAAGCCUAUAUUGACCUGGAUGAGGCGAGAGAAAGAAUUGCUGCGACUGAUCAGGUCGAGAAGGACGCGGAGCAACUGCGUGACGAGAAUAGGGCUUUGAGAAGUCAGCUGGAAGACGCUGUUGCUCGUGAGGAGGAGCUCGAAGGACAUAUCGGUGCCCUUGAAGAUCAGGCGAUGACGCAAGAAACAGCGCUCCAUGACGCGCAUACUGAAGUGCAAGAGCUGCAGGCAGAGCUGGACGCUGCCGAUGAUCGGGUGCUGGAAGAGGCGGAUCGGGUAGAGCAAAAGAUGAAGAGCAGACUUUCCGAUUUGGAGAUCGAGCUGGAAGAGAAGAGAGGCGAGGUGAAUAGCCUGACCACGCGCUUGCGUCGUGCUCAAGAAACGCCCGCUCGCCCCAGCACGGGAACGGUGAUGACUCCUGGAAGGGAACUGCAACUUGAGACCAAAUUCAACGAACGUUUACAGAUCGCAGAUCAACAUCAUAAAGCCGAGCUUGCACUCAAAGAUGAGGAAAUCGCUCAUCUGAAAGAAGUUGAAAGGGCCAUGAAGGAGCGCGUUGAGGGGCUCAAGAAACAGAGCGCUAUCAUAGAAUCCCUGGCGGACCAGUCUAGAGCACACUUCGACCCGGACAAGACGCCCGUUCCGCGCCAAGUACAGUCGCUUCGAACUGCCCGCACUCCUGCCUCGCCCUUUUCGUUUGUCGGAUCGUCGUUCGGAAAUUCCACGCUGGGCAACAAGGUGGAUCGCGACGAAGCGCAGCGCCUUCAACUGCUCAUCGACGAGGGCAAUACUAGCAUGGACCACAAGCUGGCUUAUAUGAGCGAGCAGGGAUUCUCCAACAUCGAGUCAAGGAGGCAACUGAACGACGCUAGGCGCGAAAUUGCUGAGUUGAAAGCUGAACUAAGAGCAGUCGGAGUGCCUGAACCUACACGAACGCUGCGAGACCCUUCCAUUUCGAUGGCAAGCUCGGACGGCACGACUAGGCGUCUCGACUCCAAAGCAUUGAGCGAGCAGAUCCACGAGCUCAAAGUUACACUGGCUCAGGAGACACAGCAGGUGCAGAAAUUGCGCAGCGAGCGUGAUGGGUUUGAGAAAGACAAUCGCGCACUGCGCGAUAUUGCUUCCGCCCUCAACGCCAAGAAGAGCCAGGAGGAGGAUGAGCUGAAACGAAUCGCUGCCCACACGUAUGCUCAGACUCAAAAACGCCUCGAUAGGGCAUUUCAGACCGUGCAGCAGUACGAUCAUGACCUGCGCGAAGAACGUCAAAGGCUAUGCGGCCUGGAAGCAGAUUCUCGAGCUUCCAACAUGAAUAGCGCCCACCUGGAGGUGCAGUUGCGACAGGCCGAGGCUGCACUCCUUGCGCAAGAGCUGAAACUCCGCGAGAAGCAGGACGCGCACGAGCGCAUGCAUUCCGAUUUGCUAGAGCGCUCGACCAUGAGCGCUUCGGCCCCGCUUCAGCUACAACGUUUCCAGGCGGACGUGCAGCGCACUGCUGAAGAAGUAGCACAUAUGAAGAAUCAGCGAGCAGCCAUGAAGGAGGAACGUCAUCAACUCCACAUGAGGUACCAGGAAGCCGCACAGCGUCACGAGAACGUGUAUGCUGAGCUCGAGGAAGCGCGCGCAGCGGUCAACACCCACGAGAUCCAAUUGAGCGAGCAAAUAAGGACGAUCGAAUCGUUGCAUGCCCAGCUUCGCGCGACGAAUGGGAAGCUUGCGGUGACGGAGGAUGCCAAUGCACGUCUAGAGCAACGACGCGAUGCCGUUUUUGCUCAGCUACGUGCGCUCGAGGCGGAGCUGCGUCGCGUCAAGAGCAAGUCUGACGAGUACGGCGCAGAUCUUGAGAGGGCCAGACGCAAUCAAGAGCUCGACAGAGCACGCGCAGUCGAAAUUGCUCAGAAGUCCAUCUUCUCCAACUCGAAGGCGCACGACAGGAUCAGUGAAUUGGAACGCGAUUUGGCGAUUGCCAGUAAGCGCUUCUCUCAGAAUCGUGCGCAGACCGAUAUCGCAUCACGCGCAGAGCACGCAGCGGAAUGCAAAGGACUGAUGCUACAGAUCCGUUAUCUCAAAGCCAAGCUGAUGCGCGAAGGAGAUCUGCGCGCAGAUUUGGCUCAUCAGAAGGGUUACUUGGAACAACUCGUCGGAGGUCUGAAGCUGAAUCAGGAAGCGACAAGACGCUUCAUUGCCGACAUCAGUCGCUCGCGGGGCAUCAGACCGCCUGCACCCGCGCACCCCACUCCCAAACAGCGAUUCAAGAAGUGCGCGCAGGCGAUUGUGGCCGUUGUUCGUAUGAGACAAAUGGCGGCUCGUUGGAAGCAAACUUGCGAAGUCAAGGUUCUUCUCAAGCGCGCUCACCUCGGUGCGAGGCAGAGACGCGCCGACCGCCUCGAACGAAAGCCAGAUGGCGCUGGCAAUCACUUGGCUCAUUAGCAACGCGCAUGCUCAUGCGCUUAUCCACCACAUCCUGCUUAGUGUACUACUACUACCACCACCACCGCCACCAUCUCGUCCUUCGAGCUUGCUUCGCUACUAUUGUACUCAUUUGCUUCUUAGUCUGAAUCACACGCUUGAUAUAUCGUGGUCUCAAAGCCGCUUGGCUAUCAUUGACGGUUGCGGGCCCUCGCGAUCUACAACGAUAUUCAAUUCAUACUUUAGAGUGCGCCUU